AUGGAAGAUUUGCCAAAAAAUCCUAGAAGUAUGAUGAAACUUGAUUAUUUGGGUCUUUCCAAGAAACAAAAAUCCAGAAGCAGUGAAGAAGCAGUUGACUCCAAUUUGAAUAGGAAGAUGGCCAAUGAUUUGGGUAAACAGAAGAUAGAAUUUCAAAGUGGGUCUUCACCAUUACCCAUUGUAGGAUCAUCAAUGAAGACAGAAGAUGAAAAAAAUGAGCCUCGAGAGAGAGUUUUGAAGAUUCUAAGGGUUUUUCGAAUUAUUUACGAUGAAUACUGGACAGAAGGUAGAAAUGGGCAAACAUCUAAGACAACUAGAAAUCAUAGUCGACCGGACUUAAAAGCUGCUAAAGUUGUUGGAGAAAGAUUUGGGAAGUGUUUACCAGCAAUUGGUUCAAUUCCUGGUGUAGAAAUUGGUGACAAGUUUAACUUUAGAGUUGAACUUGCUCUUGUUGGGAUUCACAUGCCCUUACAAAAUGGGAUUGACACCAUUAGUUAUAAGAAGACUGAUGAAAAGAUUUGUACAUCGAUUGUUGCUACAGAUGCUUGCUACAAUAAUGAUAUGAAAGAUCCCGAUUACUUGGAUUAUUCUGGACAAGGAGGAAAUGUUAAUAGGAAUAGGAAUAGGAAAGAGGUUGAGGAUCAAAAACUUGAAGGAGGAAACAUGCUUUGA